AUGGCACAUCAGAGAUCACCUGCUGAGGUCAAAGUGAAAUGUUUUUACUUUGUACAUUCUCAGUCUCCAAAGAGUAACACUUGCUCCAUCACUGUUCAAAGUAAGUGACAGGUUAUCUUAACUGAUGAUAUCAUGAUGUUUUUGUAAAAGAUGAGCAGAAAUAAUGCCAUGCAGUGGAUUUUUUUCAGCUGUGAAUUUUGUUUUUUAUACCUAGAUUGGGCAAAACUUUCAAAAAUUAGACCCAGUGUCUCUCAGAGAGGGUGCAAAAACUUUAUUAAGCACCACCAUCCACUCUUGUCUAGUUAAAAUUCACACAGGCAGCACUUAUGCCUAAAUGGUUAUUUCAAAUUACAUCAUUUAAUGGUCAUGAUUUUGACUGUCCCCACUGUCAGAAAGACUCUAGGUGAGUCAGAAACAUCCUCUCUGACAGACUCUGGAAAGCAGAGGCUGACUUGACUGCUGCCUCUUCUUAUUUGUCUAGAGAGAUAGAGUACUGAUGCAAUUAUGUUUUUUGGAAUUAGCAGAUGCAGGUACCAGUACGACUGUGAUGGAACCAACAUCCACAAAGAAGAUGACAGGUAGACCAAGUGAGUGAGUACUAACACAUCACAUCAGGAUAAACAUAAACAUACAUUUGCAAUCAAUCUAUUUGUUCUUUAAACCGUAUUACUUAUGGUCAUUUCUCACCUGCACUUUACAAAAAUUUGGCAAUUUAUCAAUUGGAUUAAAAUACUACACACCACUUCUACUGCCACAGUGAACACAAAUGGACUAACAUCACAACCUUUCACACUACACCGGGGGACUAGGCAAAACCCAUACCCAUCAAUACAUGAAACAAUAAAGCCCAUAGAAACAUACUCAAACAUAUCCAAUUAUUCCAUAAACUGGCAUAAAUCCUCAAAAAAAAAAAAACAACUGGGAUGUGGCAGCCUCAUAGACUGUAUAUAUAGAAUGGACAGAGUCUUCCUCCUUGCUGGGUGAAGCCACUCCGAGAACAGCACCCUCUGUUGAUGGGCUCCUCCAGGGUGUUAGAGUUAUUCAACCUCAAUUACACCCCAUUACUCAAAACAAUAACUGAUAAUCUCAACCACUGAAUGAAUUUACCACUCUCCAUAAUCGGCAGAAUAGCAGAAGUUAAAAUGACCAUUCUACCCAAAAUAAACUACUGUCUUUCAGUGAUACCAUCACAACCCACCCUCCCCUGGGUGUCGCAAGCGCAGCGUCAGUCAGAUCCGCCGCGCUGACAAGGUGUUCCCAAGCACAUAUUGGUAUUUUGGUGAGCCGCGCAGCCUGGCCUAAGUAUCCCCCCUCCCUAACUCAGCUCCUCCCAGCAGCAUAAGUCGUAGACGGGGAGGAGAGAGGGCGUGGAGUGGGUUUAACACAGCCGAGACCUGUUUUCACCAAUCACAUAAGCUCCUCUCCUUGCCUUUAAAUCCGCCACAGGCGAGGCGUAUUACUAUUUUCAUGAAGUAGUCAAAGAGAUCAAGAGAUGUCUUAAGACAGUAAUGCCACAAGAUGGCGACAGAGGGCAGCUCCUCAACAAGUGUCCUCCACACUCUCUCAUAUGAGCACAGAUGGAUUUGGUGUGUGUAAUGUUGGACCCAGUGGUAAGACAAACACCCUUUUCCACAAAUAAAGACACUCACAUAAAGUUGCUCAUAUUCAAACCUCACGUGACAAAGGUGGGUUGAGCGCAGAGAUCACAACAUAAACUCCAAAAAUGGCAUUAAAAUCAGAACCAUCUGUGCGUAAAUGACGCAUCGUGCUCCGUGGCUUGGCUCUUUCUUUCAUAGAUGGCAUAUAAAAUAAAUUUGGCCCACAAAACUGAAUAUUAUAAUAUCUGUAUGGCGGCUUAAAGUAGAUAACGCAUCUGAGCACUGAAACAAAUCAUCUGUUCAGCCGCAGCAGCAGCAAGACGGACAGAGGACACGGAGAUGUGUCCAGGUCGAGCUUCGCGAGAAAUAAGAGGAAGAGGAAGAAAGAAAAGGAGGGAGACGAAUUACAUAUCUAGUUAACUUCAUCAUGUGUGUUUAUUUACUAGAUAUUUAAUUUAAUUUGAUGCGGUUUCAGCUGUGUUGAUUCAGUCAGGUUGUGUGUCCAAACGCGUGCCAAACACGCUCAUCAGAUCACAUAUAGAUCAGAAUAUAUCUAUAUAGAUCUAAAUGUAUGUGCUGACUCAGAUUAAUAGUUGAUGAUGAUUAUUUAUUGCACUGAAAUGUGCCUGACACUGUGGAAACCUGCCGGUGAGGCAUCAGUGACGUAUGUCGAUACACCGCCAGUCUACCAAAAUACUACUAGACCAGCUGCGCUCCGCCAUGCGCUGAAAGCUGACCAGGUUUGAAUCAGCGAGCUUUCAGCGCACUUUACAUGCCGGUGGCGAGCACGAAAAUGUCACUGCGCCUGCUGAUUCUGUCGACACCUCCCCCUGCCACGCCACCACGCUCAGCUUGGCGGAUCUCGGCUCACCUCCGUGCGGCUCAGUCCACGAAAAUACCAAACUGGCCUUACGCUGGGCUCCGCCAGACGAAAAUACAACUGCGCGGGGCUCGCUGCCCUUCGCCGCCUCACCGGCGCGCACCAAAAUAGAGCCCCUUGACUCAAUUAUUAGAAAACUUUACUGGAAAGAUAGAACCCUAAGAAUCAAAUUAACAACAUUCCAGAAAUCUAAAUCCCUAGGAGGACUGGCGGCACCAAAUUUUCAACAUUACUCAGUGGUGAACCAACUUCAGUACAUGUUUAAAAAGACCCACCCCCAAGAAUCAGAUAUCUACUGGUUAGACAUAGAACAGACACUUUAUAACAAUAUACCCAUUUCAGAUCUACCAUUUUUCUGCCAGUCCAUAAGAUCCCAGCCCUACUCCAAAACACAAUAUCGACAACUCUGACAGCCUAGUGGAAAUUCCACAAAAUCACCAACUCCACUCUGGCACCAUCCAAAUUCACCCCCUCUGGAACAACUAAGACUUUAUAAGCAACAAAAAAGAAAAAGCACUCAAUUUCCAUUCAUGAGCAAACAGAGGUCUCAACAUUUACAUCACAUUAUCCAAAAAAAUACAUUUAUCCCAUUUCAUUGCCUGGUCUAGGAGUACAGCAUCAGGAGUGACCAAUAUCUGGAAUAUUUAAGACUCAAAUCUUUAAUUCAAGCCAAAUACAACACCUCAACCAUCAAUCUUGAACACCGUCAUCAGUUACAGACCUAGUAAACUUUCAAUCUUAAAAAAAACUUUUGUCAAAACUAUACAGCAUCACAUCAUAUACAGGUAAAUCUAUCGCUUUUCCAGUAACAAAAUGGGAAGAAGACCUUUCAAUCACUCCUAAUGCUGACUUCUGGACCAAGAGCUGCCAAAACAUCUAUACAAUGUUCAAAAAUACAAAUCUAUAUCUAUACAAUACAAGGUACUACACAGAACACGCACCACAGGGCACAAUUGUAUAAAAUGGAAUUCACCCCAGACACCUGUACUAACUGUACUCAGAAUAAACCAGACACAUAUAUUCAUGCAAUAUGAAACUGCACACCAAUACAACAGUUCUGGAAAUAUGUCAUACACUCACUGUCUACUGUUAUGGGCUGCCACAUGCCUCUAUCCCCAUCACUUUGUGUACUUGGCAGUACAUCAGUAACAAACUUACCAGCUUCAACCAAUAAAAUUCUCCUCACAGCCUUUACUAUUGCCAAGACAACAAUCCUCAAAAAUUGGAAAACAGAACAAAACAUAACCCUGGCCGAAUGGAAAGACACACUUAUUGAUUAUAUAUCACUGGAAAACAUCCCACUAUCCAAUCAUCAUGCUUCAAUUGAACAGCUCUCCAUUUUGUCACCUCUUCCAAAUCUCCAACAGACCUGACACAAAUAACAACUACAACCACCUGUUUCACAUACUUCCGCAUGAUACUUUUUUUGUAUAUACACUACAGGCGGAAAGUUUGGAAGCAAGAUCAGAUUUUUAAAAAAUAAGAUCAUAGUUUCAUAAAUAUAAUUUGCAACACAAUAAACAUGACUAUUGUGUAAAGAGUAACUUAUCAGAAGACAUUUUGACUAUAAUUAUUAGGUAUUUGAGUUAUUGUUGCUUAGACUUUGCUUUCUUCAAAGUAACCUCCUCUGGCUUUAACAACAGCUUGGCAUAUACAUUUGUUCCACAAGUUUUUUAAGGUAUGUUCCAGGGAUUGCAUUCCAAGCUUUCUUAAGUUCAUUAAAAAGAGACUGCUGAUUCGUGGGACGGGCCUUUCUGACCGAUCAAUCCAAAUCAUCCCGCACAUGCUCUAUUGGAGAAAGGUCUGGAGACUGAGGGGGCCAAACCAUCUUUUGUAGAACACCUUCCUAAGCAUUCUGCCAAGCUCUGUCGGAGUUACUUAUAUAUGUAUAUAUAUAUACUGUAUUUUUAGCACUAUAAGGCGCAUCUGAUUAUAAGACGCACCAUCAAUGAAUGCAUCUAUUCGCUUCUAUUUUCAUACAUAAGGCGCACCGGGUUAUAAGGCACACCGGAUUAUAAAGCACAUUAAGCCAAAUAAAACAGUCAUAUAAGUCAAACUUUGUUUAACUCAUUCAAUAACUUUGCAAGGCUAUGGUAGCUGCAGUGCUCUGACAAGCCAAAAAGGAUUUUAAGUGCACCUAAUCGUGCGAAAAAUACAGUAGUUCAGGUGUCUAUACAUAUAUAUAUAUAUAUAUAUAUAUAUAUAUAUAUAUAUAUAUGUAUAUAUAUGUAUAUAUAAAUUUGAUGUUUGUUUAUGUCAUAAUAAUUAACAUUGUCACUCUUGUAUUUGUUUUUUUAAUGAUAAUAAUAAUAAUAAUAAUAAUAAUAAUAAUAAUAAUAAUAAUAAUAAUAAUAAUAAUAAUUAUUAUUAUUAUUAUUAUUAUUACUACUAUUAUUUUUGGGGGACAAACUGAAAUUAUUUUGCCAAUUUUUAUAUUUAUUGAUUAUUUGGUUUAUUCUUAUUUAUUAUUUUUUAAUUAUAUUUUUAUUAUUAUUAUUCUAUUGUUAUUAUUAGUUUUACUUAGUCCUUAUAUAUAAGGACAGAGUCUUAUUAUUUCCAUUAGUUUGACCAUUAUUGUUAUUAUUGUUGUCAAGGCUAUUUUGUCUGUUCCUCUGGAUUUUUUUUUCCUUUUUCCCUAACUUUACUUUUAUAUAUGCAUGCAUAAUGUUUUCAUAAUAAUGCAUCAAGUUUUUUUUGCAUUUUUUGUCAGUGACCUCAAAGCUCUUUACAGCAUUCAUUCACUCACAGGGCAGGAUAUGAACCGCCAAACUUCUGGUUAUUGGCUGACUGCUCUACCUCCCGAACUUUUGCCGUCAUCUUUAAUUUUGUGGUUGUUUUAUGUCUUGUUCUGUCUGAUGACCCCAAAAUAAAAAUAAAAAAUUAAAACAUUAAAAGAAAUUUAAGAAAGAAAUACAAAUUCACAUAGGCAGCGCUAAUGCCGAAAUGUUUUUUUCAAAUCAUUUACUGGCCAUGCUUUUGACUGUAGCUACUGUCAAGAGGACUCUAGGUGAGUCAGAAACAUCCUCUCUGACAGACUCUGGAAAGCAGCGGCUGACUUGGCUGCUGCCUCUUCUUAUUUGUCCAGAGAGAUAGAGUGCUGAUGCAAUUAUGCUUUUUGGAAUAAGCAGAUGCAGGUACCAGUACCACUGCGAUGGAACCAACAUCCACAGACAAGUUGACAGGUAGACCAAUAAGCUUUGUACUGCAUGAAAACGCUGACAACAGUCAGUGUGGAUGUUUGAAAAAUGUGUUUUUGCUUUGCACAUAGGCCUGACAGUUACUGUGACUGAUCCUGAAGAUGUCUCUGACCCUGUAACCGGAAUGGAAACAGCUUCCAGUGAGUAUGGCUUAGUGCUUGCACAGCAGGUCAGGAUAAACAUAAAGAUAAAGAUAUAUGAUUUAUUUGGCUAUUAAAACCACAUUAUUUUACAGUUCAGAUUCAGAUUAUUUAAAUAAUCCCCAAAGGGAAUUCAUUUCACAGUUAACCUGCCUUGUAAUCAAACAAUCAAGGAUUGUUUGAUCCAUGAAACAAGCAAACGAAAAAAAGACUUUCCAUAAAAAGAUGAUAGAAUGAAAGAGUGAUGGUGUCAUACACUGUGACUAAAUGAUGAAAGAUAAUUUACUUAUUUUUCCCACUCACUUUAGGGAAGUUCCAGCAUAAAUUUAAAUUAUGGUCAAACACACCGUACCACAGAGUUAGACAGCCCCUCGAGAGAUGAUUGUUGCCGACAGCUUGCUUUUCUAUUUAUUCCAGCUUUGGCAACAGUGUUUUUCAGUGUUUUUACUUCACUCUAAGUAAUGGAAGAGUGAGGACUUUAUCUUGACUGCAGACGCUGACAAGAAGUGUACUUCUGAAAACAGGACAACAAAGAGUACCUGCUGAGGUCAAAGUUAAAUGUUUUUACUUUGUACAUUAUCAAUCUCCAAAGAGUAACAUUUGUUCAGUAACUGUUCAAAGUAAGUGACUGAUCAUCUAAAACAAUGUUAUAAUGAUGUAUUUGUGUAAGAUCAGCUGGGUAAAUGUUCUGCAGUGGAUUUUUUCCAGCAGUAAAUGUUGUCCUUUUACCUAGAUUGGUCAACACUUUUACAUUUUAAAACAUAUGUCUCUCAAAGAGGAUGCAAGAAUUUUAUGAAGCACCACCAUCCACUCUUGGUGCUUGACUUGGCUGCUGCCUCUUCACAUUUGUCCAGAGAGAUAGAGUGCUGAUGCAAUUAUGCUUUUUGGAAUUAGCAGAUGCAGGUACCAGUACAAUCGCAAUGGAACCAACAUCCACAGACAAGUUGACAGGUAGACCAACAAUCUUUGUACUGCAUGAAAACGCUGACAACAGUCAGUGUGGAUGUUUGAAACAUGUGUUUCUGCUUUGCACAUAGGCCUGACAGUUACUGUGACUGAUCCUGAAGAUGUCUCUGACCCUGUAACUGGGAUGGAAACAGCUUCCAGUGAGUAUGGUAUAGUGCUUGCACAUCAGGUCAGGAUAAACAUAAAGAUAAAGAUAUAUGAUUUAUUUGGUUAUUAAAACCACAUUAUUUUACAGUUCAGAUUCAGAUUAUUUAAAUAAUCCCCAAAGGGAAUUCAUUUCACAGUUAACCUGCCUUGUAAUCAAACAAUCAAGGAUUGUUUGAUCCAUGAAACAGGCAAACGAAAAAAAGACUUUCCAUAAAAAGAUGAUAGAAUGAAAGAGUGACAGUGUCAUACACUGUGACUAAAUGAUGAAAGAUAGUUUACUUAUUCUUCCCACUCACUUUAGGGAUAUUCCAGCGUAAAUUUAAAUUAUGGUCAAACACACCGUACCACAGAGUUAGACAGCCCCUCGAGAGAUGAAUGUUGCCGACAGCUUGCUUUUCUAUUUAUUCCAGCUUUGGCAACAGUGUUUUUCAGUGUUUUUACUUCACUCUAAGUGAUGGAAGAGUGAGGACUUUAUCUUGACUGCAGACGCUGACAGGAAGUGUACUUCUGAAAACAGGACAACAAAGAGUACCUGCUGAGGUCAAAGUUCAAUGUUUUUACUUUGUACAUUCUUAGUCUCCAAAGAGUAACAUUUGUUCAGUAACUGUUCAAAGAAAGUGACUGAUCAUCUAAACCAAUGUUAUAAUGAUGUAUUUAUGUAAGAUCAGCCGGGUAAAUGUUCUGCAGUGUUUUUUUUGUUUUUUUUCCAGCAGUAGAUUUUGUCCUUUUACCUAGAUUGGUCAACACUUUUACAUUUUAAAACAUAUGUCUCUCAAAGAGGAUGCAAGAAUUUUAUGAAGCACCACCAUCCACUCUUGGUGCUUGACUUGACUGCUGCUUCUUCACAUUUGUCUAGAGCGAUAGAGUGCUGAUGCAAUUAUGCUUUUUGGAAUAAGCAGAUGCAGGUACCAGUACCACUGCGAUGGAACCAACAUCCACAAACAAGUUGACAGGUAGACCAAUAAUCUUUGUACUGCAUGAAAACGCUUACAACAGUCAGUGUGGAUGUUUGAAAAACGUGUUUUUGCUUUGCACAUAGGCCGGACAGUUACUGUAUCUGAUCCUGAAGAUGUCUCUGACCCUGUAACUGGGAUGGAAACAGUUUCCAGUGAGUAUGGCUUAGUGCUUUCACAUAAGGUCAGGAUAAACAUAAAGAUACAUUUGCAUAUGAUUUAUUUGGUUAUUAAAACCACAUUAUUUUACAGUUCAGAUUCAGACAACUUAAAUAAUCCCCAAAGGGCAAUUCAUUUCACAGUUAACCUGCCUUGUAAUUAAACAAUCAAGGAUUGUUUGAUCUAUGAAACAAGCAAAUGAAUGAAAAUGUUAAAAGACUUUCAAUAAAAAGAUGAUCUUCUCUCUGAUUCCUCUGGACUGUUGCUGUUACUGUUACUGCAGACAUGAACAUCAGCCUCACUGUCAUUAUUGACAUUAAUAAUACAAAAUAGAACUGACUACGAUUAAGCCUGCUAACUGUAAUCACACUCAAUUAAUUCAACAUUGUCCAUUAUCACUCAUAUCCUAAACCUGUAAACUGAACUUCUUUUUGUUUCACCAUUACAUGAGCUGUUGUUGUUGUUGCUGUUGUUCCUGCUGCCUCCUGUCUCUCUCUCACCCUCGUUCCCUACUCUCUCUCCCUCCCCCUCCCUCUCCGUACUAAUUCUCUCUCGCCUUUCCCCUAUCUUGUUGUCUCUCUCCCUCCCCCUGUCCUCUCCCCCUCUCCCCUCUUCUCUCUACAUUCCUCCCCAACCCAGCAGCGGCAUGGUGGCUGUCUAGCAUGAGGCUGGUCCUGCCCAAGGUUUCUGCCUGUUAAAAGGAAGUUUUUCCUUGCCACUGUAACUCAUGUUAGUUGAGAUGGGCCAAAACCCAUCUUAGGUUGGUUCUUGAUCAUCAAACAAUGAGCGUGGUCCAGACCUGCUCUUGUUCCUUGAAAAGCGUCUUGAGAUGACAACUGUUGUGAAUUGGCGCUAUAUAAAUAAAAUUUGAUUGAUUGAUUGAUUGAUUUGAAUGAAAGAAUGACAGUGUCAUACACUGUGAUUAAAUGAUGAAAGAUAAUUGACUUAUUCUUCCCACUCACUUUAGGGAUAUUCCAGCAUAAAUUUAAAUUAUGGUCAAACACACCGUACCACAGAGUUAGACAGCCCCUCGAGAGAUGAAUGUUGCCGACUGCUUGCUUUUCUAUUUAUACCAGCAUCAGCAACAACUGCACAAUAGCAAUACACAGCACUCUACAUCUCCACACACAAACCUCAACUAAAAAGCCACUCAAUAGCCACAAAUAAUGCUCAGAACAGCACCUAACUUCAUCAACAGUACAUAUAGGAUUCCCAGCCAUAGUACUAGCCAUCACACUUUUUUUUAGUGCAGCGUAUUAUUUCCAUGAGGUAAUAAUUAUCAUAAAAAUAAUUUUGCAUUGCAGAUGCAGUAGUGCUUCUGCCUUAGCAUCUUGGUCUAAUUGCAUUUCCAUAAAGAAAAGACCAUAAAUGUUCUUCCUUGAGCUGGGAAACUCAGCUGUACUCGGUAAUCGACUUGUCAGGGCUCCCCCCCCCCCCCCCCACACACACACACACACACACACAAACAAACAGCUGCUGGAAGAGAGUGGGUGAGAUGACUAGUACUAGUACUAUGGCUGGAACCCUAUAUGUACUGUUGAUGAAGUUAGGUGCUGUUCUGAGCAUUAUUUGUGGCUAUAGAGAGGCUUUUUAGUUGAGGUUUGUGUGUGGAGAUGUAGAGCAUUGUGUAUUGCUAUUGUGCAGAUGUUGCUGAAGCUGGUAUGAAUAGAAAAGCAAGCAGUCAGUAACAUUCAUCUCUCGAGGGGCUGUCUGUGUAUCCCUUUAAUUCAUGGCCUAUCAUACCCCCCCACCUUUUUUUUUAUUGUUUUAUUUCCAUUUAGUUUUCUCCUGAUUUAAACACAUACAUUUCAGCACUAUGUAUGGCAGUGCUAGGAUGGUGUCACUGUGUUAUCAUGUAUCCCUGUAAGAGGAUGCUAAGCUGAAUUGACACUUGCUUUUGAUUUCUGUUGUGGUAAAGCAGUAUCCUGGAUGUGGAAGUACCUUUCAAUUGCUGCUGGCUGUGGGUCUACUGUGGGUGCCAUCUUGCUGAUUUCUGCAGUUCUUCAAAAAAAAGAGGUGUUGAGUCUGAUUAAGUCAGAACAUUUUUUUUAAAUAUUCAUUUAAAAGUCUAUGUUUUCUUCAUUUAUGAUGAAAAACAUUUUCCUGCACGAAGCCUGUCACUAUCAUCAUGUUUAUAUUGUUUUGUUUAUUGUCAGAUAUUAGUAAUCUUAAAGAUUUUUACAGUUUUUCAGUCUUGAAAAUCACAGCAUCAUUGUACAUCUGGUGUGCAAGCACAAUCUAUCAUCCACUUUACACAGUCAUCAUUUUACACCCAGCACCCAAGUUUUGACAAUGUGCUGAUAUUAAGCACAUGAAACUAUGAGAUGGUAGUAAGAGUUCACAAUGCUUGUUAUUGUGUGGAGCUGUUUGAUGACAAGGACACCUUUGUUGCUGUCUCCACACCUGCUUCACCUCAGCUCUACAGUCCAAAACUACAGCCUGAAAUGUCAUCAAACUUCACCGUGCACACUCUCUAAAGUACAUGUGCAUGUCGGAGUCAAAGACAGUGUCAGUGUUACAAACACAAUUUAGAGUAAAAUUCCAAGUUUGCUCUGCAGUAAUGAUUUCCAGAGGGUCAAAAGAAAUAUGUGAGCAUGAUGAUGAUGAAGAAGAAAAUGAUGAAGAUGAUGGUGAUGAUAAUGAUGAUGAUGGUGGUAAUAGUGAUGAAAUCAAUGAUGAUGUGAUGAAAAUGAUAAUAAUGAUGAUGAUGAUGAUGAUGAUGAUGUGAUGAACAAAAUGAUGACGAUGAAAAUGACGAUGUUAUGAUGAAAAUGAUGGUGAUGAUGAUGAUGAAGGUGAUGACGAGGAUGAUAAGGCUCAUCAUGGUUAAUGUCCCAUCUUGAAAACUGUCUCCUUCCUCUUUAACUGCAGGAUGAUUCUGGUGAAACGUGUAGUAUCGUUACCUAUAAAAGGAAGACUGGUGAGCUGCUUUACUUCUGCUGAAUGUCCACUUUAAACUCUUUAUACUGGCAGACAUUUAAACCUCUGUUUCAGGUUUUGAUGCUCCUGGAUUUUGGGCUCCAGUCACUGUGUAAUGUGCUUCUAUUUGUAUGUCCAAGACAGAUUGUUUUGUCUUCAGUGACUACCACAUGGAGUCUAAUGGAAAUUCUUGAAAUCUUUAGCCUACUGUUUUAGAUGGCUGAAUCUGUAUAUCUAUUCUAUCAUUAUUUUUUUGGUCUAUAUCUAAAGCCAUUUGGGGUUAAAGCUAGCUGCUUUUAUAGGGAAAAGCACAGAUAUCAAUGAGACUCUAUGUGGCUUAUGCAUUCAUUGCAAAUUAAGUAAAAUUAUGGGUAGUAAAUCUUAAAAACCCAAGUUAUUCAGCCCUGUGUGGCAUUAAAUUCUGAAGGCUGCAUGCCACUUUAGUAAUCUAAGUGAUAUUUGUUUCUUUCCACAGAUUAACAACCACAGCUCACCAGCCUGCUCUAGAAAAGGUCCCCUCAGCAGAUGGUACCAUGUGAGAACAAGAACAAUGGUUUUCCAACCUCAGGUUUAUCUGUUUGGACUUGUAGGAGUGCAGAAGUUGCAUUGUCUCGGAGUUGAUGUAAACAUAAUGUCAUAAUAAAAAAUAAAUAAAUAAAUAAUGUUAAGAAAAAAAAAGGAGCUAACCAAGAUGGCUGAUCCGUGUGUGAAUUUGAAAAAGAUUAUGAGAGGAAGAAAUCCACCAACUUCAUUGUACAAUCUAAGUAUUCUGUAUUAAUGCUCAGUUAAUGAAAUCUCUAACCCUUGAUGAUGUUCCUUUUAAUCCAUUACUUGUAAUGAGUAAUCAGUUACAGUUUAAGUAGAAUUAUUGCAUGUACAGCAGUUUAUCCAGAAGUGUGCUCAGGAAGGGUUUCAUGAACUGGGCCGGAUAUCCAUCACACUCGUAUUGUGUGGAGGAGCCUGGCACUUGGUUUAAAAUUGAUGUUCUCUAAAGUUCAAAAUGUUCCCAAUAGCUUACAAAAAUGGUGGGAGAGUUAAUAAAAUAAUAAUAAUAAAAAAAAAACCCACAAUAUAUCAAAGCUCUAAAGUUGUUCAUUUUUAAUUUAAUGAUUGUUAAAAAAAGUCAGUGAUUAAGUUGUCUCCCUGACAAUCAAUCAAUCAAUCAAUCAAAUUUUAUUUAUAUAGCACUUUACAAUAUCCCAAAUGGUACCCAAAGUGCUUUACAUAAAAGCAAUAAAAUAACACAAGAAAAAAUACCAUUAUAAAAUAAUACAAUAGAAUAGAAUAAUACAAGAACGAUGAAAUAAUAAAAAUGAAUAUGAAAAUAAAAUAAUACAAUAAAAUAGUAUGUAGAAGUGCUAAAAACCUAUAAGUACAGGACUACCUAGUCAGAGUUAAAAGCAAGUCUAAAAAGGUGCGUCUUUAACUUUGAUUUAAAUAAACUGAGGUCAGUGGUGGUGCGUACAUCUAGCGGCAGUCUGUUCCACAGCCUAGGAGCUGCAACAGCAAAAGAACGAUCACCCCACUGUUUGAGUUUUGACCUCGGGACCUCCAACAGGCGCUGACCGGAGGAACGGAGGGCCCUGCCAUGAUCGCGAACAGUUAAAAUCUCUGACAGGUAGGAGGGGGCCAGGCCAUUUAUAGCAUAAAAAGUAAAUAAUAAAAGUUUAAAGUCAAUUCUAAAACAAACUGGAAGCCAGUGUUGCGAAGACAGCACAGGGGUGAUGUGUUCACGCCAAGACGUGCCCGUUAAAAAUCGUGCAGCAGCGUUCUGUACAAGCUGGAGACGGGAGAUUAAAGACUGGCUGAGGCCAACAUAAAGGGCAUUACAAUAGUCCAGUCUGGAACUGAUGAAGGCAUGGAUUGCCUUCUCGAGGUCCUGCCGACUUAAAAAGGACUUCACUUUGGCCAGGAGACGCAGUUGAAAAAAGCUGGUACUGACGACAGAUCUAAUCUGUUUAUCGAACUUAAGUCCACUGUCAAAUGUUACCCCCAGAUUCUUUACAUGUGGCUUGAAAAAAGGCGCCAGAUUUCCAGAGUCUGUAAUCGAAACGUUUGAUAUCGAUGGCGUGCCAAAUAAAAUACACUCAGUUUUGCUGUCAUUUAGGUGCAAAAAGUUCAGAGCCAACCACUGUUUUACUUCAGUAAUACAGUCCAGUAAGUGAGAAAGUGCACUGUUCUCGUUGGGUCGCAUGGGCAACUAUAACUGUAAGUCAUCAGCAUACGAAUGAAAAGACAGAUUGUAUUUUCUUAUAAUUGAUCCCAGGGGUAGUAAAUACAAAGAGAACAGAAUAGGGCCAAGAAUAGAGCCCUGUGGCACCCCACAAGAGAGAGGCGCCUGUGAGGAGCAGAGGUCACCAAUCAUCACGGAAAAACUCCUAUCUGCCAGGUACGACUUAAACCAUUUGAGAGCGGUGCCACGGAUGCCUACAUACUGCUCAAGGCGAGAUACAAGGAUUGCAUGAUCGACUGUAUCAAAAGCCGCUGUGAGGUCCAGCAGGACCAGCACAGCGGGGUUUCCAGCAUCCACGGACAGGGCAAUAUCAUUAUGUACCUUUAACAGUGCUGACUCAGUGCUAUGUCGAGACCUGAAACCAGACUGAAAUUUAUCAAGAACAGAAUUUACCUCUAAAAAUGCAUGCAAUUGAAAGGAGACAACUUUUUCCAAAACCUUAGAAAGAAAUGGCAGGUGGGAGACAGGCCUAAAAUUGGACAGCACAGUGGGGUCAAGAUGCGUUUUUGAGGAGGGGCCUAACCACAGCAUGUUUGAAAGCAGCUGGGACAGACCCUGAGCUAAGACAGGUGUUGAUAAAAAACAGCAAGCUUGAUCCAACAGAACUAAAUACCUCCUUUAGAAACUUGGCUGGAAUAAUGUCUAAGGGACAGUUAGUGGGUUUUAAGCCACUAACCACCUUAGUGAGAGACGGCAGAGAAAUUGUUUCGAAGUUCUCAAAAACAGCAGAUAGUGCAGGAGGAGUACACACAUCAUUGGGGGACGUUAACAUAUAACUGAUAUUCUGCCUGACUGAUGCCACUUUGUCUAUGAAGAAAGAGGCAAACUCUUCACAGGUGGAGGAGGAGGCAUCAGACAGGACAGUAGAGCAUGGGUUAAUAGCAGAGUCAAUCGUGCUAAAUAGUACUGUCGGAUGAUUGGAGCUGUUGGCUAUAACAGAGGACAAAUAUUUGGACUUUGCCUCCUUCACAGCUCUCAAGAGAAAAGGGGUCUUGGUUGUCUGGGACAGGGAGGUUUAAUGGUGUAACUCACAGCAAGAAUGAUAGAGAGAUGGUGCCAGAUGAGAGUAAAAAAGUGGGCAGAGAAUCUUCAGGAGAGAUCGGCCUUUUACAAAGUUCGUUGUGUGAAUCACUUUUGAUCCUUUUAUUGAUGCUACAGUGUUGAUUUAUGCAGUUCAAUUUUGACUUCGUGUUUAUACUAAAAGCACCAAAAACAUGCACUUUAUACUAAUUUAUACAAUUAACAAACAGAAACACAAAAGAAAAAACACAAAAAAUACACUUCAGAAGAGGAGCCAACAAACAGAAAGAAACUGAUCCCUGCUGCAUGUCCCAAAAAAAUGAUUCAUUUGUGACUCCAAUUCAAAACAUUUCUCCAAUCAGCUGGAAAAACACAAGACGAGUGCAGCCAAAGCUAUAAGUAUACAGUGAACUUCUAAUAGGGACAAAUUUGAGAAAUAACUGUAUGUUUACUGCAGUGGUGUAGCCUAGAUUUUUGUCAAAUCCUAUCAAAGACGUACAUUCUGAAAGACCAGGUGUGUUUAAUGCACAAAAAAUGUAUGAAAGGCAAACAAAAGCUGAGAAUUGUUUAUCUCCUUCAAUAGCUCUAACAAAGUAAAUGUCUGAAAUUAAUACCAUACAUACACCUCGAAGGUACACAUUACUAACCAACAUAUACACAAUAUAAAACCUUAUUUCACCAAGCAGUGUAAGCAAGAGCAACUGACCAUGUUUUUUAAUUCAAAAAGCACACAGCUAGGUCAAUGUCACUGAUAGUUAUAUUUAAAGACUGUAUAGCCCACCCGUAAUUGACAAGUACGUAAUUUCAAGAGUACCUAAUUUAGAUUGUGUGCAAAAGGCUUGGUUACCUCUCAAGCUGCAGCUUUGGAGGCCAGCUGGGCUAUGUUCAUGAGAAGAAAGCAGUGAGCAGUAUUGUGAUGCAUAGAGACAAGGAAAUGUAUCUCCGAACCCAAGUGAAGAACUCAAUUUUACCAUAUCAGCAAAAACACAGACAUGACAGUUUAGCGGUGCAUCUCUGUGCGUAAAGGACAGAGACAAGGCACACCGUCAGCUCUUUUUGUUAGUGUAAGUUCAUCUGCUAUCAACACAGAUCAUCUAUCUGAACAAUAUCUUUCAUCUUAGAAUGUUUUUCACCAUAUUUAUCACCAUGAACUGUUUUACCGCCUCUACAAUAGUUUUCUGACCUCAACCAUACAGGCUUGACUCCUAGUCGUUGCCCUCCUGACACUUCAGAAACUAAGUCCAGCUUUAAUCCUGGAUCUCGGGAACAGUGCUGGACAUCAGCUAUAAUCUGUGUCUGCUAUAAUCAAGUUAAGAAUGUCAGGUCCUUAAAAAAUGUCUUAAAUGAAGAUGUUAUGAAAAUUAAAAAGUUAUAAUUUACUGCAAAUAGCUGUGCAUUUGUGGUCAGAACUUGGGUUGUUACGUACCUUUGCAUAUUUUCUAGUGAUUAAACAGAAAUGUGUGAACUUUUCUAGUGGGUUUAUGGCGCAUACCUGCAUAUCACGUAGCAUACACCACUGGUUUACUGAGAGCAGAUCAUUAGAAAGCUUUAUUUUUAUGAUGUUCUUCUCACUCACUGUGUGUCACGUACUCAGAGGUGAGUUUCCAUUGUGGUAGAUAAUAUUGAAACCCUUCUGUAGUGUCUCAUUUCUGAUAAUAGACAUAAUUAAAAAACCACUUAGUCAGAUGCUCAAGAGUCCUCUGCACAGUGUCAGUGUUCAGUUUCAUCAUGGCCAAGCAUCUGCUCUUCUCUAUCAUCCUGUGUAAGUUCAAACUCUUCUUGGUGACUCCAUUAUCUUUAUAGACUUUACUGAAGGGUUACACCUGGAAAGAUUACAUUCAUAUGUCAUGUCAGGCAUUAUGUAUGUCAUGGAUAAUCUAAAGUAGGUGAUUAUUAUUAUCAAAAAAGGCUGAGAGAAGUUCCCUACUCUGCUGUUUUAAAUGCUGUUAUAAAACAUACAGUAUAUCCAUCUCAAAAGGACUUUAACCUCUGAUUGCACAUAAGUACAACUAGAGAGAGUUUCAAUAUCUCUGAAAUUAGAGUUUUUAAACUUUGGAGUCAUAAUUAUGUCCACUGAUCUCACUGCAAUUCUGUAUUUUUAACAGAUUCCUUCAGUGGGACUCAAACUGAAGGUCAGUCUGAUCUGUUUAUUUUUUACUUUACCUGAGUGUUGUAAAUUUAAAUUUUUUUACUGUUCUACUUCAAAUUUCUGUUAAAUUCAUACUGCUUUUGUCCGAAUUUGAUUUAUGUUAAAUUUUUAACUUUUCAGCUCCUCCUCGGCCUACACUGACAGUAAAUCCUGCAGUGAUUACAGAGACAGACUCAGUUACUCUGAACUGUCAGACUCCAUCAUCUGUGUCUCAGUGUUUUUACCUCACUGUAAGUGGAGGAACAGUGAGGACAUUAUCUUGUCUGCAGACACUGACAGGAAGUGAACUUCUGACAAUGGCACAUCAUAAAUUACCUGCUGAGGUCGAGGUGAAAUGUUUUUACACUGUGAGGAUUAAAGACUUGAAUUCUCCAUCUUCAUACAGUGACGCAGUCUCCAUUAUCAUACAAUGUGAGUUGUUUCAAUGUAGUUAUUAAUACAAGUGGCUUUGGUUCCUCUAUCAGCAAGAAUACAUUGUUUUUGGGCAGUGUGAUUGAAAGAAGUGUUGGCAGUAUUGUACCAGACCUCCCCCUCUGUUUUGAAUCAGUCAUGAAAAAAUGUUUUAAUGGAAAGUGAUGUUGAGAAAUGGGUCUGCUGGAGUAGACUGCUUUUUAGAGUGACCUGUAGAAACUGUCCGUGUGUGUUGAUUGUCACAAGGGCUUUGGACACUGUUAUCAUCAUGUCCUGAGUUUCUGGUACAAAGUACAACUAAAUCUGAAACAGAUUUUUUAUCAUACAUCCAAUUCAACAGUAAAAAGACCAAAAAUUAAAAAUAAAACAAUAAAAUCAAUCAAUUAAGAAGUACAAAUAGGGCAUAUGUAGGCUUGCAUGGUCCGGCUUACCAUUAAAAGUUUGAGUGGGGGUGUAGGCCAUAGUCCUGAUGUCAAAAUUUCCCUUACCAAGUAAGGUUAAUCUAGUGGUUUCAGUGUUAGGUAUAAUUGAGUGUCAUCAGCAUAGAGUUGAAAAUUUAAGGAGUGUUUCCUGAUAAUGAUACCUAGAUGAUGCAUACAUGAUGAAAAAGAUUGGUCCAAACACUAAACCCUGUGAACUCCGCAACUGAAUUUUCAUUGAAAUGCAGAUUUGGAUAGCCACCUGAAAUCAUGGUUUAAAGGGAUACUCUGGCAUAAAUUUAAGUUAUGGUCAAACACACCGUAACACUGAGUUAGACACUAAAGUGAGACCAAACACAACUCACCCACUCUCCUCCAGCAGCCGCUUGGUUGUGGGGGAGCCCUGACGACUCGAUCACCAAGUGCAAUGGAAAAUUUAUAAUUAUUACUUCAUGGAAAUACAAACAGACUAAGACACUAAAGCAGAAGAACUAACGUGUCUGCAUGAAGCAAUAAUAGCAAAUGUUCUUGAGCUGUAAAACUCUGCUGCACUCGGUGAUCAACUCCUCAGGGCUCCACCACAAACAAGUGGCUGCUGGAGGAGAGUGGGUGAGUUGUGUUUGGUCUCUUUUCUAAAGACACCAGGCAAAGCUAAAAAGAUGUUUGGUGGCUAGUGCUAUGGCUGGGACCCUAUAUGUACUGUUAAUGAAGUUAGGUGCUGUUCUGAGCAUUAUUUGUGGCUAUAGAUUGGCUUUUUGGUUGAGGUUUGCUUGUUAAGGGUAAACUCUUAUUGGACAAAAGAACAACGAGAGAGUUUCAAUAUUUCUAAAUUUAUAAUUUUUUAAAAAAUAAUCAUGUCCACUGAAUUCACCGUUAUUCAUAUGUGACUUCACUUAUUGUUCUAAAUUUGUAAAUUUUUACUGUUUCAGUUCAUAAUUCUUCUUGACAGUUUUCAAAAUUUCAUGCUGCUUUUUGCUGUAUUUGAUUUAUUUAUUUUUGCUUUUCAGCUCCUCCUCGGCCUACACUGACAGUAAAUCCUGCAGUGAUUACAGAGACAGACUCAGUUAUUCUGAACUGUCAGACUCCAUCAUCUGUGUCUCAGUGUUCAUACUUCACUCUAAGUAGAGGAAUAGUGAGGGUAUUAUCAUGUCUGCAGAAAAUGACAGGAAGGGAACUUCUGAACAUGGCACAUCAGAGAUCACCUGCUGAGGUCAAAGUGAAAUGUUUUUACUUUGUACAUUCUCAGUCUCCAAAGAGUAACACUUGCUCCAUCACUGUUCAAAGUAAGUGACAGGUUAUCUUAACUGAUGAUAUCAUGAUGUAUUUGUAAAAGAUGAGCAGAAAUAAUGGCAUGCAGUGGAUUUUUUUCAGCUGUGAACUUUGUUUUUAUACCUAGAUUGGGCAAAACUUUCAAAAAUUAGACCCAGUGUCUCUCACAGAGGGUGCAAGAACUUUAUUAAGCACCACCAUCCACUCUUGUCGAUUUAAAAUUCACACAGGCAGCACUUAUGCCUAAAUGGUUAUUUCAAAUUACAUCAUUUAGUGGUCAUGAUUUUGACUGUCCCUACUGUCAGAAAGACUCUAGGUGAGUCAGAAACAUCCUCUCUGACAGACUCUGGAAAGCAGAGGCUUACUUGACUGCUGCUUUUUCAAAUUUGUCCGGAGAGAUAAAGUGCUGAUGCAAUUAUGCUUUUUGGAAUUAGCAGAUGCAGGUACCAGUACGACUGUGAUGAAACCAACAUCCACAAACAAGUUGACAGGUAGACCAAUAAUCUUUGUACUGCAUGAAAACGCUGACAACAAUCAGUGUGGAUGUUUGAAAAAUGUAUUUUUGCUUUGCACAUAGGCCUGACAGUUACUGUGUAUGAUCCUGAAGAUGUCUCUGACCCUGUAACCGGAAUGGAAACAGCUUCAAGAGAGUAUGGCUUAGUGCUUUCACAUCAAGUCAGGAUAAACAUAAAGAUACAUUUGCAUUUGAUUUAUUUGGAUCUGAAAACCACAUUAUGUUACAGUUCCGAUUCAGAAUCAGACAAAUUUAUUGACCCCAAAGGGCAAUUCAUUUCACAGUUAACCUGACUUGUAAUCAAACAAUCAAGGAUUGUUUGAUCCAUGAAACAAGCAAAUGAAUGAAAAUGUUAAAAGACUUUCAAUAAAAAGGUGAUAGAAUAGAAUGACAGUGUCAUACACUGUGAUUAAAUGAUGAAAGAUAAUUGACUUAUUCUUCCCACUCACUUUAGGGAUAUUCCAGCAUAAAUUUAAAUUAUGGUCAAACACACCGUACCACAGAGUUAGACAGCCCCUCGAGAGAUGAAUGUUGCAGACUACUUGCUAUUCUAUUUAUACCAGCUUCAGCAACAACUGCACAAUAGCAAUACACAGCACUCUACAUCUCCACACACAAACCUCAACCAAAAAGCCACUCAAUAGCCACAAAUAAUGCUCAGAACAGCACCUAACUUCAUCAACAGUACAUAUAGGAUUCCCAGCCAUAGUACUAGCCAUCAAACUUUUUUUUAGUGCAGCGUAUUAUUUCCAUGAGGUAAUAAUUAUCAUAAUAAUAAUUUUGCACUGCAGAUGCAGUAGUUCUUCUGCCUUAGCAUCUUGGUCUAAUUGCAUUUCCAUAAAGAAAAGACCAUAAAUGUUCUUCCUUGAGCUGGGAAACUCAGCUGUACUCGGUGAUCGACUUGUCAGCCCCCCCCCCCCCCACAAACAAACAGCUGCUGGAAGAGAGUGGGUGAGUUGUAUUUGGUCUCUUUGCUAAAGAAUUCAGGCAAAGCUAAAUAAAAGUUUGAUGACUAGUACUAUUGCUGGAACCCUAUAUAUACUGUUGAUGAAGUUAGGUGCUGUUCUGAGCAUUAUUUGUGGCUAUAGAGUGGCUUUUUGGUUGAGGUUUUUGCGUGGAGAUGUAGAGCAUUGUGAAUUGCGUAUCCCUGUAAUUCAUGGCUUAUCAUACCCCCCCCCCACCCACCUUUUUUUUAAAAAAUUGUUUUAUUUCCAUUUAGUUAUCUCCUGAUUUACACAUACAUUUCAGCACUAUGAAUGGCAGUGCUAGGAUGUUGUCAGUAGCUGCGUUUCCAUUACAUUUUUUCGCAAAAUAAAAGCGUUGUUUAUCAAAUUUCGACAAAGUACAAUUGCGAUUUGCGGGUGUUUCCAUUGAAUGGUGUUCAGUGCAUAAGCGAGCCGUCUGCCUCUCGCAAGCCGCGUUUGAAUGGCCGUUGCCUAGCAACGAGGUGAACUUCCUGCCCGUACGACCUCGUAUUCCUUAAGCCUUUUUGCACGCCAACAUGGGAGAGGAUUGUUAAUAAGGAAUUCACAGACGAAUUGUGGAUUCAAAACUUCAGAAAAAUACAAAUACAAUUCAAAACUUCAGAAAUAACUCCGUCUCCUCCCCCGUCCACACAUACCGCACAAUCUUUGCUUGAAAUGAACUGGUCACAAGACCCGCUACGUCACGUCCGGUGACAGAGAAUUGUGAGAAUAGUGUUUCCAUUACACUUUUGCGAUAUACUUCUAUAUCGACACGUCUGAAAAACCACCUCAUGAGAGCGUAAAAACUUUUUAGUGAUAUUUGAGAGGUUUUUUGAAAUUUAGGUGUUUCCAUUACCAGUUUUCUACAGCGAUAUUUAGGUUUUGCUCAAAUCUAUGGGUAAUGGAAAUGCAGCUACUGUGUUAUCAUGUAUCCCUGUAAGAGGAGGCUAAGCUGAAUUGAUACUUGCUUUUGAUUUCUGUUGUGGUAAAGCAGUAUCCUGGAUGUGGAAGUACCUUUCAAUCACUGCUGGCUGUGGGUCUAUUGUGGGUGCCAUCUUGCUGAUUUCUGCAGUUCUUCAAAAAAAAGAGGUGUUGAGUCUGAUUAAGUCAGAACAUUUUUUUAAAUAUUCAUUUAAAAGUCUAUGUUUUCUUCAUUUAUGAUGGAAAACAUUUUCCUGCACAAAGCUUGUCACUAUCAUCACGUUUAUAUUGUUUUGUUUAUUGUCAGAUAUUAGUAAUCUUAAAGAUUUUUACAGUUAUUCAGUCUUGAAAAUCACAGCAUCAUUGUACAUCUGGUGUGCAAGCACAAUCUAUCAUCCACUUUACACAGUCAUCAUUUUACACCCAGCACCCAAGUUUUGACAAUGUGCUGCUAUUAAGCACAUGAAACUAUGAGAUGGUAGUAAGAGUUCACAAUGCUUGUUAUUGUGUGGAGCUGUUUGAUGACAAGGACACCUUUGUUGCUGUCUCCACACCUGCUUCACCUCAGCUCUAUAGUCCAAAACUACAGCCUGAAAUGUCAUCAAACUUCACCGUGCACACUCUCUAAAGUACAUAUGCAUGUCGGAGUCAAAGACAGUGUCAGUGUUAUAAACACAAUUUAGUGUAAAAUUCCAAGUUUGCCCGGCAGUAAUGAUUUCCAGAGGGUCAAAAUAAAUAUGUGAGCAUGAUGAUAAUGAAGAAGUUAAUGAUGAAGAUGAUGGUGAUGAUAAUGAUGAUGAUGGUGGUAAUGGUGAUGAAAUCAAUGAUGAUGAUGAGGAUGAUGACAAUUAUAAGGCUCAUGAUGGUUAAUGUACUAUCUUAAAAACUGUCUCCUUCCUCUUUAACUGCAGGAUGAUUACGGUGAAACGUGUAGUAUCGUUACCUAUAAAAGGAAGACUGGUGAGCUGCUUUACUUCUGCUGAAUGUCCACUUUAAACUCUUUAUACUGGCAGACAUUUAAACCUCUGUUUCAGGUGUUGAUGCUCCUGGAUUUUGGGCUCCAGUCACUGUGUAAUGUGCUUCCAUUUGUAUGGCCAAGACAGAUUGUUGUGUCUUCAGUGACUACCACAUGGAGUCUAAUGGAAAUUCUUGAAAUCUUUAGCCUACUGUUUUAGUUCGCUGAAUCUAUGUAUCUAUUCUAUCAUUAUUUUUUGGUCUAUAUCUAAAGCCAUUUGGGGUUAAAGCUAGCUGCUUUUAUAGGGAAAUGCAUGCCACCUUAGUAACCUAAGUGAUAUUCGUUUCUUUCCACAGAUUAACAACACAGCUCACCAGCCUGCUCUAGACAAGGUCCCCUCAGCAGAUGGUACCAUGUGAGAACAAGAACAAUGGUUUUCCAGCCUCAGGUUUAUCUGUUUGGACUUGUAGGAGUGCAGAAGUUGCAUUGUCUCGGAAUUAAUGUAAACAUAAUGUCAUAAUAAAAAGUAAAUAAAUAAAUAAUAAUAAAUAAAAAAAAAAGAGCUAACCAAGAUGGCUGAUCUGUGUGUUAAUUUGAAAAAGAUUAUGAGAGGAAGAAAUCCACCAACUUCAUUGUACAAUCUAAGUAUUCUGUAUUAAUGCUCAGUUAAUGAAAUCUCUAACCUUUGAUGAUGUUCCUUUUAAUCCAUUACUUGUAAUGAGUAAUCAGUUACAGUUUAAGUAGAAUUAUUGCAUGUCCAGCAGUUUAUCCAGAAGUGUGCUCAGGAAGGGUUUCAUGAACUGGGCCAGAUAUCCAUCACACUAGUAUGGUGUGGAGGAGCCUGGCACUUGGUUUAAAACUGAUGUUCUCUAAAGUUCAAAAUGUUCCCAAUAGCUUAUAAAAAUGGUGGGAGAGUUAAUAAAAUAAUAAUAAUUAAGAAAAAAAAACACAAUCUAGCAAAGCUCUAAAGUUGUUCAUUUUUAAUUUAAUGAUUGUUAGAAGAAAGUCAGUGAUUAAGUUGUCUCCCUGACCAGAGGAAAGGGGUCUUGGUUGUCUGGGACAGGGAGGUUUAACGGUGUAACUCACAGCAAGAAUGAUGAAGAGAUGGUGCCAGAUGAGAGUAAAAAAGUGGGCAGAGAAUCUUCAGGAGAGAUUGGCCUUUUACAAAGUUCGUUGUGUGAAUCAAUUUUGAUCUUUUUAUUGAUGCUACAGUGUUGAUUUAUGCAGUUCAAUUUUGACUUCAUGUUUAUACUAAAAGCACCAAAAAUAUGCACUUUAUACUAAUUUAUACAAUUAACAAACAGAGACACAAAAGAAAAAACACAAAAAAUACACUUCAGAAGAGGAGCCAACAAACAGAAAGAAACUGAUCCCUGCUGCAUGUCCCAAAAAAUUAUUCAUUUGUGACUCCAUUUCAAAAUAUUUCUCCAAUCAGCUGGAAAAACACAAGAUUAGUGCAGCCAAAGCUAUGAGUAUUCAGUGAACUUCUAAUAGGGACAAAUUUGGGAAAUAACUGUUUACUGCAGUGGUGUAGCCUAGAUUUUUGUCAAAUCCUACCAAACACGUACAUUCUGAAAGACCAGGUGUGUUUAAUGCACAAAAAAUGUAUGAAAGGCAAACAAAAGCUGAGAAUUGUUUAUCUCCUUCAAUAGCUCUAACGAAGUAAAUGUCUGAAAUUAAUAACAUACAUACACCUCGAAGGUACACAUUACUAACCAACAUAUACACAAUAUAAAACGUUAUUUCACCAAGCAGUGUAAGCAAGAGCAACUGACCAUGUUUUUCUAUUCAAAAAGCACACAGCAAGGUCAAUGUCACUGAAAGUUAUAUUUAAAGACUGUAUAGCCCACCCGUAAUUGACAAGUACGUAAUUUCAAGAUUACCUAAUUUAGAUUGAGCGCAAAAGGCUUGGUUACCUCUCAAGCUGCAGCUUUGGAGGCCAGCUAUGUUCAUGAGAAGAAAGCAGUGAGCAGUAUUGUGAUGCAUAGAGACAAGGAAAUGUAUCUCCAAGCCCUCUGAUCAAGUAAAGAACUCAAUUUUACCAUAUCAGCAAAAACACAGACAUGACAGCUUAGCGGUGCAUCUCUGUGCAUAAAAGACAGAGACAAGGCACACCGUCGGCUCCUUUUUAUUAGUGUAAGUUCAUCUGCUAUCAACACAGAUCAUCUAUCUGAACAAUAUCUUUCAUCUUAGAAUGUUUUUCACCAUAUUUAUCACCAUGAACUGUUUUACCGCCUCUACAAUAGUUUUCUGACCUCAACCAUACAGGCUUGACUCCUAGUCGUUGCCCUCCUGACACUUCAGAAACUAAGUCCAGCUUUAAUCCUGGAUCUCGGGAACAGUGCUGGACAUCAGCUAUAAUCUGUGUCUGCUAUAAUCAAGUUAAGAAUGUCAGGUCCUUAAAAAAUGUCUUAAAUGAAGAUGUUAUGAAAAUUAAAAAGUUAUAAUUUACUGCAAAUAGCUGUGCAUUUGUGGUCAGAACUUGGGUUGUUACGUACCUUUGCACAUUUUCUAGUGAUUAAACAGAAAUGUGUGAACUUUUCUAGUGGGUUUAUGGCGCAUACCUGCAUAUCACGUAGCAUACACCACUGGUUUACUGAGAGCAGAUCAUUAGAAAGCUUUAUUUUUAUGAUGUUCUUCUCACUCACUGUGUGUCACGUACUCAGAGGUGAGUUUCCAUUGUGGUAGAUAAUAUUGAAACCCUUCUGUAGUGUCUCAUUUCUGAUAAUAGACAUAAUUAAAAAACCACUUAGUCAGAUGCUCAAGAGUCCUCUGCACAGUGUCAGUGUUCAGUUUCAUCAUGGCCAAGCAUCUGCUCUUCUCUAUCAUCCUGUGUAAGUUCAAACUCUUCUUGGUGACUCCAUUAUCUUUAUAGACUUUACUGAAGGGUUACACCUGGAAAGAUUACAUUCAUAUGUCAUGUCAGGCAUUAUGUAUGUCAUGGAUAAUCUAAAGUAGGUGAUUAUUAUUAUCAAAAAAGGCUGAGAGAAGUUCCCUACUCUGCUGUUUUAAAUGCUGUUAUAAAACAUACAGUAUAUCCAUCUCAAAAGGACUUUAACCUCUGAUUGCACAUAAGUACAACUAGAGAGAGUUUCAAUAUCUCUGAAAUUAGAGUUUUUAAACUUUGGAGUCAUAAUUAUGUCCACUGAUCUCACUGCAAUUCUGUAUUUUUAACAGAUUCCUUCAGUGGGACUCAAACUGAAGGUCAGUCUGAUCUGUUUAUUUUUUACUUUACCUGAGUGUUGUAAAUUUAAAUUUUUUUACUGUUCUACUUCAAAUUUCUGUUAAAUUCAUACUGCUUUUGUCCGAAUUUGAUUUAUGUUAAAUUUUUAACUUUUCAGCUCCUCCUCGGCCUACACUGACAGUAAAUCCUGCAGUGAUUACAGAGACAGACUCAGUUACUCUGAACUGUCAGACUCCAUCAUCUGUGUCUCAGUGUUUUUACCUCACUGUAAGUGGAGGAACAGUGAGGACAUUAUCUUGUCUGCAGACACUGACAGGAAGUGAACUUCUGACAAUGGCACAUCAUAAAUUACCUGCUGAGGUCGAGGUGAAAUGUUUUUACACUGUGAGGAUUAAAGACUUGAAUUCUCCAUCUUCAUACAGUGACGCAGUCUCCAUUAUCAUACAAUGUGAGUUGUUUCAAUGUAGUUAUUAAUACAAGUGGCUUUGGUUCCUCUAUCAGCAAGAAUACAUUGUUUUUGGGCAGUGUGAUUGAAAGAAGUGUUGGCAGUAUUGUACCAGACCUCCCCCUCUGUUUUGAAUCAGUCAUGAAAAAAUGUUUUAAUGGAAAGUGAUGUUGAGAAAUGGGUCUGCUGGAGUAGACUGCUUUUUAGAGUGACCUGUAGAAACUGUCCGUGUGUGUUGAUUGUCACAAGGGCUUUGGACACUGUUAUCAUCAUGUCCUGAGUUUCUGGUACAAAGUACAACUAAAUCUGAAACAGAUUUUUUAUCAUACAUCCAAUUCAACAGUAAAAAGACCAAAAAUUAAAAAUAAAACAAUAAAAUCAAUCAAUUAAGAAGUACAAAUAGGGCAUAUGUAGGCUUGCAUGGUCCGGCUUACCAUUAAAAGUUUGAGUGGGGGUGUAGGCCAUAGUCCUGAUGUCAAAAUUUCCCUUACCAAGUAAGGUUAAUCUAGUGGUUUCAGUGUUAGGUAUAAUUGAGUGUCAUCAGCAUAGAGUUGAAAAUUUAAGGAGUGUUUCCUGAUAAUGAUACCUAGAUGACGCAUACAUGAUGAAAAAGAUUGGUCCAAACACUAAACCCUGUGAACUCCGCAACUGAAUUUUCAUUGAAAUGCAGAUUUGGAUAGCCACCUGAAAUCAUGGUUUAAAGGGAUACUCUGGCAUAAAUUUAAGUUAUGGUCAAACACACCGUAACACUGAGUUAGACACUAAAGUGAGACCAAACACAACUCACCCACUCUCCUCCAGCAGCCGCUUGGUUGUGGGGGAGCCCUGACGACUCGAUCACCAAGUGCAAUGGAAAAUUUAUAAUUAUUACUUCAUGGAAAUACAAACAGACUAAGACACUAAAGCAGAAGAACUAACGUGUCUGCAUGAAGCAAUAAUAGCAAAUGUUCUUGAGCUGUAAAACUCUGCUGCACUCGGUGAUCAACUCCUCAGGGCUCCACCACAAACAAGUGGCUGCUGGAGGAGAGUGGGUGAGUUGUGUUUGGUCUCUUUUCUAAAGACACCAGGCAAAGCUAAAAAGAUGUUUGGUGGCUAGUGCUAUGGCUGGGACCCUAUAUGUACUGUUAAUGAAGUUAGGUGCUGUUCUGAGCAUUAUUUGUGGCUAUAGAUUGGCUUUUUGGUUGAGGUUUGCUUGUUAAGGGUAAACUCUUAUUGGACAAAAGAACAACGAGAGAGUUUCAAUAUUUCUAAAUUUAUAAUUUUUUAAAAAAUAAUCAUGUCCACUGAAUUCACCGUUAUUCAUAUGUGACUUCACUUAUUGUUCUAAAUUUGUAAAUUUUUACUGUUUCAGUUCAUAAUUCUUCUUGACAGUUUUCAAAAUUUCAUGCUGCUUUUUGCUGUAUUUGAUUUAUUUAUUUUUGCUUUUCAGCUCCUCCUCGGCCUACACUGACAGUAAAUCCUGCAGUGAUAACAGAGACAGACUCAGUUACUCUGAACUGUCAGACUCCAUCAUCUGUGUCUCAGUGUUUUUACCUCACUGUAAGUGGAGGAACAAUGAGGAUGUUAUCUUGUCUGCAGACACUGACAGGAAGUGAACUUCUGACAAUGGCACAUCAUAAAUUACCUGCUGAGGUCGAGGUGAAAUGUUUUUACACUGUGAGGAUUAAAGACUUGAAUUCUCCAUCUUCACACAGUGACGCAGUCUCCAUUACCAUACAAUGUGAGUUGUAUCAAUGUAGUUAUUCAUACAAGUGGCUUUGGUUCCUCUAUCAGCAAGAAUACAUUGUUUUUGGGGCAGUGUGACUGAAAGAAGCGUUGGCAGUAUUGUACCAGACCUCCCCCUCUGUUUUGAAUCAGUCAUGAAAAAUGUUUUAAUGGAAAGUGAUGUUGAGAAAUGGGUCUUCUGGAGUAGACUGCUUUUUAGAGCGACCUGUAGAAACUGUCCGUGUGUUGAUUGUCACAAGGGUUUUGGACACUGUUAUCAUCAUGUCCUGAGUUUCUGGUACAAAGUACAACUAAAUCUGAAACUGAAUUUUUAUCAUACAUCCAAUUCAACAGUAAAAAGACCAAAAAUUAAAAAUAUGUUCUUACUUUGUACAUUCUCAGUCUCCAAAUAGUAACACUUGCUCCAUCACCGUUCAAAGUAAGUGACAGAUUAUCUUAACUGAUGAUAUCAUGGUGUAUUUGUAAAAUCUAUACCUAGAUUGGGCAAAACUUUCAAAAAUUAGACCCAGUGUCUCUCACAGAGGGUGCAAGAACUUUAUUAAGCACCACCAUCCACUCUUGUCUAUUUAAAAUUCACACAGGCAGCACUUAUGCCUAAAUGGUUAUUUCAAAUUACAUCAUUUAGUGGUCAUGAUUUUGACUGUCCCCACUGUCAGAAAGACUCUAGGUGAGUCAGAAACAUCCUCUCUGACAGACUCUGGAAAGCAGAGGCUGACUUGACUGCUGCCUCUUCUUAUUUGUCUAGAGAGAUAGAGUGCUGAUGCAAAUAUGCUUUUUGGAAUUAGCAGAUGCAGGUACCAGUAUGACCGCAAUGGAACCAACAUCCACAAACAAGUUGACAGGUAGACCAAUAAUCUUUGUACUGCAUGAAAACGCUGACAACAAUCAGUGUGGAUGUUUGAAAAAUGUGUUUUUGCUUUGCACAUAGGCCUGACAGUUACUGUGACUGAUCCUGAAGAUGUCUCUGACCCUGUAACUGGGAUGGAAACAGCUUCCAGUGAGUAUGGCUUAGUGCUUGCACAUCAGGUCAGGAUAAACAUAAAGAUAAAUAUAUAUGAUUUAUUUGGUUUUUAAAACCACAUUAUUUUACAGUUCAGAUUCAGACAAUUUAAAUAAUCCCCAAAGGGAAUUCAUCUCACAGUUAACCUGCCUUGUAAUCAAACAAUCAAGGAUUGUUUGAUCCAUGAAACAAGCAAACGAAAAAAAGACUUUCAAUAAAAAGAUGAUAGAAUGAAAGAGUGAUGGUGUCAUACACUGUGAUUAAAUGAUGAAAGAUAAUUGACUUAUUCUUCCCACUCACUUUAGGGAUAUUCCAGCAUAAAUUUAAAUUAUGGUCAAACACACCGUACCACAGAGUUAGACAGCCCCUCGAGAGAUGAAUGUUGCUGACUGCUUGCUUUUCUAUUUAUACCAGCUUUAGCAACAGUGUUUUCCAGUGUUUUUACUUCACUCUAAGUUAUGGAAGAGUGAGGACUUUAUCUUGACUGCAGACGCUGACAGGAAGUGUACUUCUGAAAACAGGACAACAAAGAGUACCUGCUGAGGUCAAAGUUAAAUGUUUUUACUUUGUACAUUCUUAGUCUCCAAAGAGUAACAUUUGUUCAGUAACUGUUCAAAGUAAGUGACUGAUCAUCUAAACCAAUGUUAUAAUGAUGUAUUUUUGUAAGAUCAGCCAGGUAAAUGUUCUGCAGUGUUUUUUUGUUUUUUUUCCAGCUGUAGAUUUUGUCCUUUUACCUAGAUUGGUCAACACUUUUACAUUUUAAAACAUAUGUCUCUCAAAGAGGAUGCAAGAAUAUUAUGAAGCACCACCAUCCACUCUUGGUGCUUGACUUGACUGCUGCUUCUUCACAUUUGUCCAGAGAGAUAGAGUGUUGAUGCAAUUAGGCUUUUUGGAAUUAGCAGAUGCAGGUACCAGUACGACCGCGAUGGAACCAACAUCCACAAAGAAGUUGACAGGUAGAUCAAUAAUCUUUGGACUGCAUAAAUAACGCUGACAACAAUCAGUGUGGAUGUUUGAAAAAUGUGUAUUUGCUUUGCACAUAGGCCUGACAGUUACUGUGACUGAUCCUGAAGAUGUCUCUGACCCUGUAACUGGGAUGGAAACAGCUUCCAGUGAGUAUGGCUUAGUGCUUUCACAUCAGGUCAGGAUAAACAUAAAGAUACAUUUGCAAUCAAUUUAUUUGGUUUUAAAAACCACAUUAUGUUACAGUGUCACACUAUGGGAUUAAUAACAAAGAUGACUGACUAAUCCUUCCCAUUCACUUUAUUUCCACAUUGUUAUCUCCUGAUUUAAAGUUAUAUAUUCCAGCACCAUGUCUUGCAGUGUUAAGAUGGUGUCACUGUGUUGUUGUUUCCUGUGAGAGAAGGCAAAGCUGAACUGACACUUGCUGUUGGUUUCUGUUGUGGUCAAGCAGAAUCCUCGAUCUGGAAGUAUGUUGCAAUCGCUGCUGGCUGUGGGUCAACUGUGGGCGCCAUCUUGCUGAUUUCAGCAAUUCAUCAAAAAAAAAGAGGAGCUGGUGAGUUUGAACAUAUUUAUGUACUGUAUUUUAUUAAACCUGAAUGUGCAAUUUCAUUCAUGAAAACUGAUCUAACAGGGUAAAGGACAAAUAUGAACUGUAUCUGCUGUCUAUAUUGUUUGUACCUGAGUUAACAAAAAUUCUCAGAAUCAAACAGGGUCUUUAGGAUUUACAGAAAUAUAUUGAAUGAUAUUAGUUUGGGAAAUAUUUGGCUUUGCACAGACAUUCGAUGAAGAAUUGACUACAUAAAAGUAGUUAAACAGUCUAAUCAAAAAGAACCAAACAGCACAAAACUGUGUUCUCUAUGUCUUUGUUCACAUCUGUAAGAGUAACUGCUGUGGUAGUCAUCAGCUCGUGUAUAAAAAACACAAAGACUUGCAUUUAAACAAAGGGUAACACACACAGGUGGUGGGCCACACUUAACAUGCCUCUUUCUGAAAAUCAUCCGAAAGUGUUUCCUUUUAAUUUAGAAGUCUAAAAAGCUGACCUUGAUUGACUGUGACCACUGCCCUGCACUCAGUCUUUUAGCCUCAUCACCUUGUCAGGGGAUACUGAGGGUAGGGCCUAAACCUCAUCUGGGGCGGAACCAGGCCUUAUUGACUUGGGUGGCACAAAGCAAAUCUACUUGUGCUCUGUGUCUUAGCAUGGACAACAUAACUAUUGGGCCACAGAUGUGUUUGCUGUUAACAGUGUGAUGGCUGCCUAAGGAUUGAUUUGGAGAGUCUGUUGUGCAUGUCUGGGAAAGUGUAAAUAAUAUGGAGGAAGCGUGCACAUUAGAGGCAGAGGUGGUGUGAAGGUUAAAGGUAUAUGACAGGCAACACAACAGCAGAGGAACAGUUGCAGAAAUAAAAAAAUAAAAAAAUAAUGAUUAAAAAAAAAAAUAAAUAAAAAAUAACAACAGGUGAUGGACUCAGCCCGCAGCUAUCCACAUCUGUGCAGUGGGUCUUUGCCAAUAGGCAGCAUCAAAAAUGUAGGUCAAAAUGAUUGGAAAGAGGGAAGUUAAUUUUGUAGGAAAAUGCAGAAACUCCUGAAAUAAAUGAAUAAAUGAAGUCCAGGACUAUUACGCCCACAAACAAAGGAAAAAAUGAUCAGAAGUACUGCUGAUGGUGUGUUCUGUCCACUGGUCGUUGGUGACCUGAGUUAGUCCAAUGGAUUUCUCUGCGCUUCUUUGACUCACAAUUAACCCAUUAAUAACCUUCAAAUCAUCUGACAUGCUUUUUGUUUAUGUCCUCUCAGACCAGUAGUCGCAAAUGGCUUGAGCCCUCUGGUGUGCCCUGUUGAGUUGUCUUUCAGUAACUCAUAGUCAAGUUCAUGUACGGGCACAUUCAUAACUCCAUAGCUGUAAUAUGAUAGAGUAAUGAAUGUACUAUACCUCUGUCCUCAGUGUCAUAAAAAUAAUAUAAUUGUGCAUUUACACAAAAAAAAAAAAUGAAGGGAGACUGCUCCCCCAUUGACGUAAUCCUUGAUAAGCGGAAAAAAAUGAAUAGAUAAAUAAUCAGAAAUCAACAUGAGGGGAUAUUGAGAACAUGUCAAAUGGCAAUUUUUCUCUUCCUUUUUUUUCAAGUAAUAAAUGGUUUGAGCACAGCAUGUGUUGAAUCAGGUGUCAUUAUAUGGAGAUGAUUCAGUGUAGGUUAUGUGCCCCCGUUUGUCCUUUGAGCUCCCACCCUCUAAAUUAUCUGUGAAUGUCACAAAACUUAAUGUUAUGAAGUCCAAUAAACACAUAAUCCAAGUUUAAACUAUGCUGACUAACACGUCUGAAUCUUAUCAGGUGGACUGCAGAUGUGUUGUCAUUAUUUAGUGGACCACCUCUUGGUGAUAUAAGUGUAAUAAGAGUCUUACUCCGGUACAGGUUCUGAAGACAUGAAGAAGAGCAAGUUUAAAAGAGAGACUGUGAGUUUGACAAAAAGAGUCAAUAUUUAUCAAUCCUACAUGUCAGUGAUCUGAUAUUACAGAUGAUGUUUUUCUUUCCUUACAGCGAGCCUCAUACCAUUUUUACUACACUGUUGAUGAUGUGAGGAAAGCAACAGCCACAACAGAUGUGAUGUACAGCACUGUGCAGCCACACAAACACACAACCACUUCAAACUUGACAGCAGAGGAAAACCCAACUAAGUAGUUAAAUGUAUAACAGUGUUGAGCUACUACAGUGUACAACCCUAACUCCAACAAAGUUAGGAUGCCGUGUCUGAUGCUAAUUAAAAAAAAAAAAAAAAAGAUUGUCAACAUUUAAAGCAUAUUCAGUUAAAGACAACAUGUCCAAAGGUGAAACUGAAAAGUUUUUUUUGUAUUAUGAAAACAAUUUUUUUUUUUUUGUGAAUUAGGAGUAAAUCUCUUUCAAACAAACCAAACUGCAAAAGCGAAACUAACCUUAAACCUGCCUAUCAGCUGACUUUUUACAUAAAGAUUUGAUUUGUGUUUGCCUGUAAUUUGUAACUAACAAAAAACAAUUUCCUACAAUCAAAUAUUUUUUUCCUCACUGGAUACAUAUUUUUUCUGAGCCCUGUGUCAAGGAUAUGUCUACAUCUGUCACUAUAAGCAUUUAAUAAAUGUGCUUUAACCACUCACUGCUUUUGUAUAAACACUGCUGGCUUCAAACCAAUAAAACCGUCUAAGAAUAUUCUGUUUCAUUUAUUGAAAACCUAAAUAUUACUCUGCAUUCUCACAUAUCACCCAGCUAUGUGGGAUACUAGAUUCUGAUUGGUCAAAAGCUCUCAACAAUGUUUUUUUUUUCUUUCCUAGGUGAUUAAUUUUUUUAAAAAAUUGAUUUCUAAUAUGUGCCAAUAAAAUAUUAACAUAGUUCAGUGUUUGCAAUUAAAGGAAAUCAGUGUAAUGAUGCAUCACUUCACAUGAGAGGAGCACAGAUCUGUUCCUCCGUGUUGUUUAGACUGAUACAGUAAAUUACUCAAUGCUGCCACCCUGUGACCAAAACCAGCAAAGCGAGUGGGGAUGUAUCAUUCCUUUCUUUACUGGGGCCUUAAAAAAGAAAAACAAUGUGAACAUUUUAAACAAAUCUAUCAAAUCUGUGAGAGUAUUGACUAUAACAAAAGGCAGCUUCUAGAGUGUGUGCUGACUCUAUGAGGCUUUACUGGAAGAAUAAGGUUUAAGUUUUAUCUUUGUAGUGUUUUAUUUAUAAUGGCAAUGGAGACAAUUAUGAUGGUGAUGAUGACGAUAAUAAUGAUUUAAUCAUUAUUGUUAUUAGUCAGGGUUUAGAGAGUAAUUUUCAAUACUUACACUCAUCACCAUAAGAAGUUAAAGGUAAAUCCAAUAAAUGAUCUGAAUUAGGAGCUAAAUUUGACCUUUUGGGUGAAAUUGUUAUCUGACUGUAUUUACCUUUUUCUGGUGGAGCUGGUUAUUAUAGAGCCGAGUGGUCCUUUUUACAUUAAUUUUUUUUUUUAUUUGUCAGAUAAACAUUAACUGGGUUUGUAUUAAACUGUAAAUAUAUGACAAUACUGUUUCUGCAUUUUAACAUUUAACUCUUUUGUCAAUCCACUUACAGUCCCUAUCAGACACUAUAAUUGAGAAUUUAUAUUUUUUAAUCCUAUCACUGGAAUUCAGCAGUGGACUUUGUUGUUGUAAUGCCUCAAACUAGACAACAGGGUGCAGUAACAGACUAUCUAACUCCAGCCAAUGAUUCGUGGUCAUGUUUCUUUUAGAGAAAAUGUUCAAUGAUAAAUCAACAGACGUUUUAAAUGAAACUAUAAAAAUAAUAAUCAACCAAAGUUACAUCGAUGGUUAUUGUAACCAGAGGGCAAAAAGAGAUGCAGAGGCAGAUUGUUCAGUUUUACUAAGUGGAUUCUAUCAGCCAGGUACCAGUGUAUUAAGAAUAAUUGACUGGUUUUAAGCGGAGCAUGUACCUGAUAUACAUUUCUAAACUAUUGCUGUAUAAAACACAUUCACUAGAAAAUAAUGUUCAAAUGAGUCACACUGGCAAGAAUAAAUAUGUUGCAAAGGAAAAAAACAAAAAAUCAGUGUGUUUCUCCUUCUGUAGACAUUUAGGAAAGUCCUGCUUCAGUGUGAGCAGUCUUCAGGGUAUUUUGGUAUUUCUAAACCUGUCUAAGCUUACAGUGCCUGAUGAAUUAAAAUUACUGGGACUGCUCCAGUUACUAGAACUUGAGCAGGUAGGUGAUGAAAAGGCUGUGAUGGUCCAAAAAUCCAAGUGUGCCGAAUUAAAGUUCUUGGUUUUGUCACUUAUACCCUCAGAUUGACACCUGAAUUGUUUGAAGAAAGGUCACAAAGGGCUCUAUUUUUGUGCCCGUCGGCGGCGCAGCGGAGGGUGGCACACCCCACGCAGUGGUAUUUUCAUCUGGCGGAGCCCGGUGCACAGGCAGUUUGGUAUUUUCGUAGACUAAGGUGCACCGAGGUCCGACAAGCUCGGGCUGGUGGCGCAGCAGGGGGAGGUGUCAACGGAAUCAGCUUGCGCAGUGACAUUUUCCUGCUUGCCGCCGGCGUGAAAAGUGCGCUGAAAGGUCGCUGAUUCAAACCUGGUCAGCUUUCAGCGCAGGCAGAGCGCAGCUGGUCUAGUGGUAUUUUGGUAGACUGGUGGCGUAUCAGCAUACGCCACUGAUGCCUCAACCGCAAGUUUCCACAGAGUCAGGCACAUUUCAGUGUGAUAAAAGAUCAACAACAGCCAAUAUUCUGAGUCAGCACAUACAUUUAGAUCUCUAGAUAUAUAUUCUGAUCUAUAUCUGAUCUGAUGAGCACGUUUGGCAUGCAUUUAGACACUCAACCUGACCGAUUUAACACAGCUGAAACCGCAUUAAAUUAAAUUAAAUUAAAUAUCUAGUCAAUAGACACACAUGAUGAAGUUAAGAUAUUUGAUUUGGCUCCCCCCUAUUUCUUUCCUCCUCUUCCUCUUAUUUCUCACACAGCUUGAUCUGGACAUGUCCCCGUGUCCUCUCCCUGUCCUGAUUUGUUUUAGUAAUCAGAUGAGUUAUUAACUUUAAGCCUUCAUACAAAUAUUAUAAUAUUCGGUUGCGUGAGCCAAAUUUAUUUUAUAUGCCAACAUCAAUGAAAGAAACAGCCAGGCCACGGAGCGCGAUGCGUCAUUUACGCACAGAUAGUUCCAAUUUUAAUGCCGUUAUUGGAAUUUAUGUUGUGAUCUGUGCACACAUCCCACCUUUGUCACGUGAGGUUAUAUAUAUGUAACUUUAUGUGAGUGUCUUUAUUUGUGGAAAAGGAUGUUUGUCUUACCAGUGGAUCCAACAUUACACACACCAAAUCUCCUCUGCAGCGCUUACAGCAACACUUGUUGAGAAGCUGCCUUCUGUUGCCAUCGUGUGGCAUUGUUGUCUUCAGCCAUCUCUUGAUCUCUUUGACUACUUCACAAAAAUUGUAAUAUGCCUCACCAGUGGCGGAUUUAAAGAUGAGAAAAAGGAGCUGAUGUUAUUGGCCAAAACAGGUCUCGGCUGUGUUAAACCCACUCCAAACCUUAUCUCCUCCCUCUCUACGACUUUCGCCAUAGAGAGAAAAGAAGUUGGGGAGUGGGAAUACUUAUGCCAGGCUGCGCCACUCACCAAAAUACCAAAGUUUGCUUGGGCACACCUUAUCGGCGUAGCAGACCUGACACACGCCGCGCCUGUGCCAAGCCGCUGGCGAGGCACGAAAAUAGAGCCCAAAGUCUGUAAUUAAAGGUAAAAAGGUUUUGUUUGUUUUUUUUGUUUUUUUUUUUUUUACGGUGGGCACAGUUAAUCAUGAAUCACUUGAAAAGAAGUGAAUCCAUUAGUUUUGUUUAAAAAUUAACCAAACUUGUUCAAAUCCAACAGUCGGCUGCCUCUUGCAAAUGAGAUGCAAACGUCUCCAUGAUCCAAGAUUUAAUCCAAAGCACAUUAUAUGGGUAAAAGGUCAACAGCUUGUACUCUCUUUGAACCUUCAAAGGUUGUAAUAUCUUCCUCUAGUAGUCUGUGAUCUGUCAGACUAUGUUAGGGCAUAGUUUAGAUCCUUUUCCUUUCUGUUGUGAACUAACUGACCAUAGGCAAAGCUAGUACACUUUCAUUGUUGUACCAAGACCUGAAGACCACAUUUAGCAGCAGUUUAAGGUUUUUCGAAUGAACAUGCACAUCAGAAAUUUGAUUGAGGUCAAAUAAAAAUUUAAUGAAUAAUGGAUUAAGUGACCUGUGCCCAGCUCUUUUUUUUUUAACCAAAAACUUUUAUUACAUUAUUUCCUUUGAAAUAUCCACCACACAAAACAGUAUUUGAUGGUUCACCUCCAUUGAGUGCUUGUGGACUGAGACAAGGACAAGAUUUAGUUAAAUAUCCUGAUCCAGCCUUAUCUAAAGUUUGACUUUACUGUCAGGAUGCUGGCCAGACUAGAACACAUUGAGGUGAUUUCAGUCAAACUGAUGCAAUAAAGUGAUCUUUUUAAAGAUUGUGUAAAUGUACUGAUUGUAUUGCAGCACUCUGCCUGUUUUUGUCGAUGUUUGGAGGAGGACUUUCUGACCCUCUGUUCUUCUCACACUCAGAGAAAAGCAGCUUUAACUCAACAUUUUGAUUGCGAUUGUGUUUUCCACCUGUAUUUCUUCUCAGUGCCUCUGUCAGACUGUCCUCUGGAUACAUAACGAUUAGGCCUGUGACCUGGGCCGCAGAAACAUGAGAUACCCCUACCAGAGUUAGAACCAAACACAACAUAGUUUUUCCUCAUCUUUAAGGCCCCCCAUACAUGAAAUGGAUUCUUGUAAAAAAAUAUUUUAUUGCAAAAGUGGUAAAAUUAAUCUAUAUUGUUAUACACCCACAGACAAAAAAUAAAGUCUGUCUGGUGAUUGAAGCAUAUAAACCCAUGUAGAUUCACUAUGGAAGCACCAGGGGCCUCAUGUAUCAACGCUUGCGGCGCAAGAAAACCUUGCGUACGCCAAAAUCGGCGCACACGUCCAGAUUUAUCAUCGCGAAACGAGCGUCGGUUCCAGCGCUAAUCAACGCAAAGUCAGGAGGUGGUGUAGAAAUUGGCGUUGAGCUGGAUAUUUGCGUUGACUGUGAUUCGCACUUUGGCGACGCUGUGUGGCGGUGUUUGGUGACUCACUAUGUGACCAGCGUGCACCACAUCCCCGUGGCCGGGCAGCACGUCGCCCCACAUGACGAACCAGCAGCAGACGGAGGGAUGCGAGCUGAUCCCUGCCGGCCGCCGUCCUCGCGCGGGAGAAUCUCAUCGCCACAGUGUGAAUGGGUAAGAAGUGAAUACACAGUUCAAUGAGCCAAAUUAAUUUAUUUUCUCCACCAGACGCUCGAGGAAAUUUACGAGCCGGUCCAGCCGCUCGUUGAUCCCCGCGAUCCCCCUGAUGAUUUCUUCCUGCGAUUGCAGGACCCCCUCCGCGAGGACCCUUCCACUGCGUCCGGGUGGUCCAGCGGAAGCGCCGCGGCUGGUGGACGCUCCACCGCUUGUCGGCGCGCUGGUGCUGAUGCUGGUGCUGGGGCCGGGGUGGCCCGAAUGCCGCUGGUCCUGGCCGACGACUCCGAGCCGGCGGACGGGCUGCCGCGGGCCGGGGUUCCGCAAGCCGGCGACACGGCCGACACAUUAAUUUCUGUGACACAAUAAAAAUAUUAGUUCAUUUCAAUUCCUGCUUCUGUGUAUCUGUUGCGUUUACAUCUCUCUCCACAGUAUCAUAGGUAAUGUAAUCCAGUAUUUCGAGGUCAGUUAUGCACAUUACAGUUGUUUAUUGCAUAAAAAGUUAUUGAAAAAUGAAGUUAAGGGCGAAGUAUAAAUCACGUCUAAAAAUAGACUGAAUCCCGACGUUGAAAUGAAGUAUAAACUUAGACUAGACGUCUAAUAUACGUCUUUUGCUCAGUGGGAUGACAAAGCAUGUGGACAUUUGUGUGACACGCCACUUACCCUAUAAUAAUAAUCGCCACCACCCGCUGCUCAAACGGUGUGAGGGUCUCCUCCCCCGGAACCCCACCUGUCUGGCCGGUACUCCUCCGGAGGGCAGCUGUACGCUGCUUGACCUCCACCUUGAGGUCCGACCACUUUUUUUUAAUCUCCGCGGGGGUGCGUGUCUCGGAACCCACCGCAUUCACCCUCUCGCAAACUUUCUCCCACUCCAAGCGUUUUUGUUUUGCACUGACGCCACUGGACAGGCUGCCAAACAAAACACGCUGUCGCUCCUCCACCUCCGCCACCAGCACCUCCACCUCGCACGCCGUAAAUGUAGUUUUUCUUGUCAUUUUGCCUGCGUGCGAGGACAGGGAGACCCUAUUUAAAUAAAUCUGCAUAUUUAUAGGAGGGCGUAACGGGGACGGGCCCAGUCACUCCGACAUCUGCGCUCAAUUCCACGCUGAUUGGGAUUUAUCAAGGAAACACACGUGGAUUUCGGCGCCCGCACACAUUGAUACAUACAGAUUUUUUUCAGCGUGACGGACCUUGCGUGCGCUCGUUUCUGGUAUGAGUUCCACGCAAGUGUUGAUACAUGAGGCCCCAGGUCUAUAAAUUGGCAUAAUGGAAGCCAGGAUAUCCCUUCACAUUCUAGAAAAAACAGAAUGUAAAUAUCUGAAUACAAAUAGGAGAUAUAGUCAUUUUAACACAUACCUACAAUAGGCGAGAAUGUAAAUCUAUGUAGAGUAUUCUCUUUACUUUUCAGUGACUCUGUAAUGGAAAGCCAUAACAACACAUAUAAUGGCUUGUUUGAAAACUGCUAAAUCCAGCAAUAUCAAGUGUGUAUUGGUAGCUUGUAUACUCAUGGAGUUAUCUCACAAAAGGUACGAGGUGUCCCAAAAAGAAUAAAAUGCAAGAGACGGAGACAAGGAAACAUAUUUUUAAUUAACAAACCGUUUUAUUCAAAUUAAAUGUUCCUAUGUCGUAACCUCACUAAAGGUAAUGUUGUGAGUGGUACAGUGUGUGUGUGUGAGUGUGUGUGUUUGGUUUGUCUUUACUACAUUGUUGGUACCGAGAUGUGAUAGCCCAAUCACAGCGUGGGGACUGAAAAUACAGUGGGGACCCAAAUCCUGGACCCCACAAAAAGUAACCUAUUAUUCAGUGAUAAAAUGGUUAAAAUAAUGCCCUGUCAAAUUUUCAGGGGUCACCCCAGAAUACACAUUUACCGACAUUUGUGUGCUAAAGUGUGUAUGUGGGAGGUAACUCAGUACUGACCCCUAGUGGUGAAAAGUGAUACUGCAGCCAUACACACUUGUACACAUACUUGAUUGAAAUAUGCUAUGCAACAGCCCUCUGAGAUUAAGCUAGCUUCUUUAACUUAAGAUAACUAUUGAUUCAUAUAUAUAUAUAUAUAUAUAUAUAUAUAUAUAUAUAUAUAUAUAUAUAUACACAUGUAUAUAUAUCCGUAUAUAUCAAAAUAAAUAAUGAAUUUUGAUUAAUUAAAUUAAAAUAUUAUUAUUUUUUAAUUUUUAAAUUAAUGUUUUCUUCUUCUGAACACAAUAUCUAGAGAACCGUUCGAAGGGUUUUCCUUAAGCUCUGCAGAAAAUUCCACUUGAAUGAAAGGAUAUAGUAGAAGUUAGAAGUUAUAGAUCAUGGCACAAGGUAAGGUAGAGCCAUAUUCAUCUGUUGCUCGUGACUAACAGAUUUACAACAAAAAAGUCAGCAACAUAAUGAUAAAAACAGAAAAAAUGCUUUUAGACUUUGCUUAUUUAUUUAUUUAUUUUUUAAUUUGCCAAGGUAACCUUUUUGAAUCAAGGGUAAACUGAUUUGAUUUAGUGUCAAAAGUUUGAAGGUUUGAAGCAUCAUGGUUAUAUAUAGCUUGUGAAUGUGAACCUUUAGAUUAUAGAAAUGCUCUAAGGGAUUUCCCAAAACAUUAGUCCCUGGCACCCAAUAUUAAGUGAUUUGUGAGCACAAGCCUUCUUGUGGCUACUGCUUUUCUAAAGUCAUCCACCAGAAUAUGGUGAAUAUGGUAAAAAAAACACUGGAGCAUUUAAAAGAAGAGGCUAGAACAAUAAAGUCAAUCACAUCAGAAGACAACCAUGUGUAAAAUAUUCUGCAUUAGUUUUAAUUAUGAAUUAAUUUAGAUUUUUUUAUAUUGACCAGUUAUUUGAAAUGUAAAGUUAAACCACAAUUUUUCAUGAUGCUAUUUUUUGAUCAGACAAAAUUGAACUGCAAAUGUAUGACAAAUUUAAUAAAGAUUUUAUAUUACAUCGCCUUAACUUAAAGUCUGGUUUUAGAUUUAAACAGUAAACGUUGUUUAGCCUCUGGCUCACCUAUUGGUGUCAUGAGUUUGGCAGCUGCCACUUUGUCUAGGGGGUUAGCCAUAUAUUCAGAUUGAAAAAGGUGAGACAAACCCAUAUCUGAGAUGGACAUUUACACAUAUGAAGAGAUUUGGUUGGUCUGGUAAACUGAUGUUUAUGCUCUCGCACAUCAUGAGUUAAAAACUUGCAGCUCUUUGACUCUUAGAAACAUAUGCUCAAGAACAUGAUUUUGUACUGAGAAUGACUUUUACAAAUGUAAUUUAUGGCAUUACAAUAGACUAAUACUGAAUCAAUAAUAUUGGUCCAUUGUAAAUAAAGACCUGAUUUUCUUUAUAUUCAUCAGAUAUUUGUAAUGCAAAACAAUCUGUAAAACAGUUAGCAGUGUACAUACCCAGAUAGCUGACUUGUCAGCUAAUGUCAGCUGCUACAGAAGGUAGCAGGAACAAAAGGCUGCUGCUUCUGGCUAUCCUCUCCACUCCUCAGUACACAACAGUUGUGUUUUUGCUGUUGGGUGAACAAUCUGUAAAACAGUUAGCAGUGUACAUAGCCAGGUAGCUGACUUGUCAGCUAAUGUUAGCUGCUACAGAAGGUAGCAGAAACAACAGGCUGCUGCUCCUGGCUAUCCUUUCCUCUCCUCAAGUUCAUCCCUGUCUCAGCUCUUUCAGCCACUCUCUCACCUGCAUUAUCCCCUAAUAAUGCUGUCAUAUCAUCCAGAAUUGCGUACUAAAGCAUCUUGAACAGUUCAUUACCCAAAGUCCUCAAUAAACCCUGGUAUAUCCAGAACUCUGCUGCUCACCUUCUCACACACUCUUACUUCUGUUAGCAAAUCUUCCUGUUACUCCAGAACCUCCACUAGUCUCCAAUCCAAAGACUUUCUCACUGUACAGUCUUCACUCACAAAGCUCUCCAUGAUCAGGACCCUAUCUUACUGAUAAGGUCCUAAUCCUAUCUUACUGACCUGCUCAACUCUCACACUCCUUUCUGACCUGUCUGCAGGACCAGUGGUGAAAGAGCCUCAACCUCCAACAGAAAACUGAUCUGCCAAAAUCCAAUUCUCCUCUAAAACACAUCUCUGGAAUCAAUGAUGAUGCCAUUUUAUCCAAGCUUUGUUUUUUUUUCUUCUUUUAUAACAUGAGUUUUUGUGACACGUAUCUUUCGGUAUUUUUUUUAAAGUAACACAAGUAAAAUGUACUGCAAUAAUAAUAAUAAAAUGAUAAUAGAAGCAGUAGUGGUAACAGUAGAAGAAUUGCGAUUCUUGCAGUCAGAAUAUUAUUAUUAUUACGGUGAUUAUUGUUGUUUGAGAUAGUACAGGCAGGCUGGGCAAGACAAAGUGAUUAAUUGUCAGAAACAUGAAAUCAUCCUUUUAAAUAAAUAAGUUCCUAUUUACUGAAAUUGAAACUGAUAAACACACACUUCUACUAUAACAAAAGAAGCGGGCUGCCUUAAUAACAAAUGUCUGGCAGGCGGACACACAAAUUCUGUGAUUAAAGCAGCACCACCCGCACAGGACGUGCUGACUAUACAGAGUAAGCGCUCCUCAGCUGAUGGUACGGAGAUGAUUGAGAAAGACUUGACUGCAGGAGAGACUUCAGCUGCAGCAGGAGAGGAUUUAACUGAAAGGUAAGUGGGAUUCUGAUAAAAUAAUUAGGUAAGUGAUUACUUUAUUGUCAAAAAGUUACCUGUUGUUUUUACACAUGGCAUUAUGUGGCAUGCACACAGAAAGCUGGCUGCUAGAAAAGUUCGUUAGGCAGAACUAGCGGUCUCACGGUCGCAUUGUGUUCUCUUUGUAACUUUUUGUCAAAGUUUUUGACUGUGAAAUACACCGAAAAUGUGACUUGAUUUUGUUUCAUCUUUGUCUGAAUCUUAUUCUUUUACAACACGGUCAUAUCUGGGGAAAUGUGCGAAGAGUGAGAGCAAAGCCGCCAUCUUAGGCACCGUGCGCUUUUAAUUGAAGUAAAUGACAGACCGUUCACAGUGAAGCAGCAGGAGCAAGUUCAUCAUUUUGUGUCAGACAACAUGGUCACUACUCACUGGUUAGUCAAAUGGUUGUAAAGUUUACAAUGAAUGUAAUUUUAGAAACAUUAUUGAGUAGUUAUAUGACACUGCAGACAUGAACUGGGCCUGGCAUGUUUGUCCAUAGAGAUAAAAAAAAUCCAAACUUGAAACCAUAAAUUUUCCUUUAUAGGAUGUAUAUCCUGAGAAGCAGGAAAGUCCAAAAACAGGAUGACUAGCCUAGGAGGAAAAAGGUUUGUCUAAGUCUUUGUUACUGACAAAAAUGAAGUACAUUUUCAGAGCUUACUCAAGUUGAUCUGAUGUAAUGGGCUCCAGUUAGGUUGUGAUUUUAGCAAUCUGACAAACACACUUGUCAUUCAUCCUAAUCUUAGAACGGCAGACAAUCAGCUGUGGCUGAAACAUCUAAGGCUGAGAUCUCCAGGACCGCAAAGGAGUCUCGUGAGGGAUCUACACUACAUCUACAGAUCUACAGAGGUAUUUAUUCUAGCGGACCAUCCUGUCUGGUCUUAAAGUGUUGAAGCUGCAGUUGUAAAAACUCAGGUCCUUUAAAUGUAUCUGACUUUUUUUAUGAUGGUCAGUUCAGCUGUGUGUCUGCUUUCAGGCUCCCUCGGGUUGAUUUUGAGUUGUGAGGUCCAGUCAGGUUGUCAUUUAAGAUGUCUAACAAACACACUUGUCAGGUUUACAGUGUUUGUGGGGUCCAAGUAAAGUCAGAUACAAUGUUGACAUUAAUGAGAGAUUAAAUAUCAUACGAAAAAAAUAAAUCAUUUGCGGUUUAUGUCUUCCUCACUGUGUAAUGAUCUAAGACCCUACCAGUCACUCCAGCUGUUUGAUUGGGAGACUUAAGUCUCUGCCAGUAUUUCCUGUUACCUAUUCUUGUUUAUCAAAAUUGCAAAUGUUUGAGUGAUUGAAUCUUUUUUCUAAUUUGAUUGUCAUUGUGGUAUUUAUUGAAUAUUUUUGUUUGUUUGUUUACCCCUAUCAGCCACAGAUCUAACUGACAUAGAACUGCAAUGGAUCUACUCAUAUUGACUAACAAGACCCAGAAACAAGUUAUAAUUGUGAUAAGUCUUUCAUUUUAAUAAUUUGCUCUCACUUACCAGGAUAAUUAACUAGAAUAACUCAAAUGAACCUUUCAUCAGUUUAUCAAGACAAAUGAUUAGUGGUCACGUGUAAUAUUCAGUAGUACAUUUACAUAAGAUGUUGUAGAUAGUUGUACUUUGGGUAAAACUUUCUCUCUGUUGUGACCAUAAAUUUAAUCUAACUUUUCCUCACAAAUGCUUACAUUUCAGUAAAAAGGGCUACCAUCUGGUUGAUCUUAAUUAGCUUUGAGUAUAGGCCUUUUUUUCUUACCUUGAUGAGAUGCUUCAGUAUUUCAUUUUGUCUUUAUUUUCUCUAGGACUCAGAUGCAGCUUGUCCUGAAAAAAAUAUGGGCUGAAUCUUCCUCUAGUAAACUACACAGAUUCUGAUGAACCCCAGAGUCCGUCCUCAAAUCCUGAAUCUAAACGUUGCCUCUCAGAGCAGGACCAUAUUUCUGUCGCCAGGCUCAGGAGGACCAAAAGUAUACUGGUAAACAACACACACACACACACAGUGCAGUGAAUGGUCUUGUGUCUACUGUCUAUCAUAUUUUGAUUGUUUUCUUUAGAUGAAAAACCAGAUUCAUUUUGAUUCAGAAGAGCUUUUUGACACCACUUAAGCUGACAGUGAAGAGGAAUACAUUCCUAAGACAAGUGAGGACUCUGAUGAUUCUGGCAGAAGUGAAGUCCUGGAAGUUGUGGACCCUCUCCUCAAGAUAAAAGAUGUCAUCACAGAUUUUUCUCUCUUAACCCAAAGAUCUGAAGCCUCUUCACAGCAGGUUGUUACAAGAGGGCGUUCACCUGUUAGGAGAAGUAGCUCUGGUCUGAUGCGUAAAAGGCAAUGCUACAGAAGUGUGGUUCAUCAUUCAACACUAGCCAGCCAUGCUGACUCAUCUAACCAGAGUUUUGUAGCAGACACUGAUGCCCUCUCCCAAAACUCAGUGGUGAAUUUGGACCAGGACCAGGAGGAAUGUCUUCCUGACAGUUCCUCUUCCAUUCUUACAAAUGAUAAUGAUUCUGGUGGUUCACUUUCCAUACCCGCUUUCUGCAAAAAAGAGAAUGGGUCAAGACUUUAUAACAAGAAGCAGUACUGUUUGUACUGCAAAUUGGGUGUUGCAAAAAUUGCAAGACAUUUAGAGCAAGCACAUAUAGAUGAGUCAGAGGUUGCACAGGCUUUUGCCUUCAAAAAAGGCUCCAAAGAAAGACGAAUGCAUCUGGAACUUUUGAGAAACGGGCAACUUUUCACACAACGUUGA